AGAAGGUGGUGAUGCGUUUGCGCAUGACCACCCACGUUCCUAUCUACACGUCGCGCAAUGUGUGCGAGUGCGAGAAGGUAAGGUACGUUCGAAAAAAUCGAACAAGUUGCCACUCACCGUGCCAGACUGUGCGUUGGGUCAGAACCAAACAGACUGUAAAGGUGAACAGAACGGACGGUCCUUCCAUUCCUUUUCGGUAGGAGGUCCAACCGUGGGCGAAGGAGUUUCCAGCUGCUCGAAGGUGAGCGCAGAUACAACUGUGUCACUGGACGCAAUCAUUCGGUUAUUUAUUGCUGAAGUUGUACACCAUCAUCAUCAUCGCUAUCAAGGUAAAUCGUACUCCAAGGUACAAAAGUGCGUUCCUACACUUCGAAAGUGAAAACAUACCGAGGGAGAAAACCAAUGAAAAAAAAAAACAGUUUCUUAAUAACAUUACUAAAAGAACGUCCUGUUAAAGCGCUUUACGUAUAAUCUCUGUGCCCGUUUUGAUUAAUUACCAUCUAUCGAUAGCGAACAUCGUAGUAAAUUAGCAAAGAUAGAAAAAAAAUAUACUCACCUUCCACCUGUUCGUUCCAUAUGGCAGGAUUGUACAACGCAACCGGAUACACAGGUUCGGGGAAGCUGUGCGUGGAAUUUGAAUCGUAAUUAAGCUUACUACGUGACGAUGCCCAGCGCUAGGAGAAUGAUCCUGGGGCACGUCAUGUCCGGUCUGUGCACAAAGAUGAACCGCACCAAACAGCUUCCGGCGGACCUGAUGGAAACACCGCUGAAUCGAUGCCUAAAUACAUUCGACAUUACGUUACUAGGUAUCGGUCAUAUGGUGGGCGCUGGAAUCUAUGUCCUUACCGGUACCGUUGCCCGAGAGAUGGCCGGUCCGGCGAUCGUCCUUUCGUUCAUCCUUGCCGGUUUAGUAUCACUCUUGGCGGCCCUUUGCUAUGCGGAAUUUGGUACCCGUGUCCCCAAGGCAGGAUCGGCAUAUGUCUACACGUACGUAUCCAUCGGCGAGUUUUGGGCAUUCGUCAUCGGCUGGAACAUUAUCCUGGAGCAUAUGCUCGGUGCCGCCUCGGUAGCCCGUGCCUGGAGCGGUUACGUCGACUCAAUGCUGGGCAACAUCGUGGCUAACAUUACGAUGGAGAUUACGGGCGAGAUGCACGAGCAGCUGCUGGCAAAGUAUCCCGACUUCCUGGCAUUCUUCGUGUGUAUCAGUUACGCCGUAGCACUUGCGGCCGGUGUUAAGGCAACGGCUAUGAUAAACAGCAUACUGACGACGGUGAAUGUAGCCGUAAUGGCGCUGGUGGUGGUGUUGGGCUUCUGGUACGCCUCACCAGACAACUGGUCGCUCCCGGAGCAAGGCUUUAUGCCAUACGGCUUUGGUGGGGUGCUAGCUGGAGCGGCAACGUGUUUCUACGCUUUUGUAGGAUUCGACAGUAUUGCUACUUCUGGUGAGGAAGCGAAAAAUCCGAGCGUUUCUAUACCGUUGGCCACCAUUCUGUCGCUGUGCGUAGUGACGGUUGGGUACGUGCUGGUUAGUGCGGCACUAACGCUUAUGAUUCCGUACAAUGAAAUUAACCCGGCCGCUGCACUACCGGAUGCGUUCGGUAUGCGUGGCAUCACGUGGGCCAAAUAUGCUAUCUCGACCGGAGCCAUCUGUGGUAUGACGACGACAUUGCUUGGAUCACUGUUCGCUUUACCCCGCUGUCUCUAUGCGAUGGCAAGCGAUGGUUUGCUGUUUUCAUGCUUCGGAAAGGUGAACACAAAAACGCAAGUACCGCUAUUGAAUCUCGCCCUGUCCGGUGUCUGUAGUGCGCUGUUGGCGCUGCUAUUCGAUCUGGAAAAGUUGGUAGAGUUUAUGUCGAUAGGAACACUGCUCGCCUACACGAUCGUGUCUGCUAGCGUCAUCGUACUGCGCUAUCGUCCGAUAUCGGUAGAAGAAACCGUCCAUCUCGCGCCAGAUACACCAGGUACGGACGAGGAAGAUGGUGGUCCGGCCCUUCCGGGUAGUGGUAGUGCUACCGCCGGCCCACCAGGAGGUGGAAUUGAUUCUUCCUCCCAGUCGAGCACCAUCGAUCCAUCAUCGCCUACGAGUGAAAUGAUUGAAAUUGCCCUAGCUGGUAGACUACGGCCACAAUUCCGUUGGCUAGAGCCUGUUCUGGGACGGUGCGAACCCGGCGUGGCCUGUUCCGGUGCUGUGUUAAUGUUUUGUGUACUGAGUGUAGCUGUCUGCUUCCAGCUGGAAAACUCCUGGGACGAGUUGUACAACGGAACCUGGUGGGCGUUGGGACUUUACGGAUUCCUGCUAUUCUGUCUCGUUGCGUGCGUAGUUGUUAUAUCGGCCCAUCAUCAAAACACUCGCGGACUACAGUUUAAGGUACCGUUCGUACCGUACAUACCGGCACUGAGCAUUUUCUGCAAUAUCGAGCUGAUGGUUCAUCUGAGCUUUUUAACCUGGCUACGAUUCUUCAUCUGGCUGUCGAUCGGUAUGCUGGUAUACUUCCUGUACGGCAUUCACAACAGCAAGGAAGGUGAACUUGGUACGUCCUACUCCAUGCUGAUGUCUACCAGCGAGGCGAUUCGUGGCUGGGGAUCCACCAGCACUGCACUCGGUGGUGGCACUAAGGUAACAGUAACAAAGAUAAUCAAAGGAAGAAUAAGCCGCAAGACCGCCGGUGACCGGCAGGCGAUAGUAGACGAUGACGAUGAUGAAGAUUCUUAAGAGCGAAAAAAGCCGGGUCCAUUUCCUUCCAUUUACGUUUACGUUUGAAAUCGUUCAAAGUUUAAUUCACUGUUCACGUUCUCGGGAUCGCGCAAUGUGUUUGUUAAGAUUUGUAAUUUUUUUUUGUCGUAACCCAUUCCGAGCUGGCAUAUUGUACAUCUUACUCGAGAGUGCUACUGAAAGCGAUCAACUACGGUCCAAAUGGCAAACAAAGCUGUCAUACAUAGGGAUAUCAUCAGUGCAAAAUUUGUAGGUACAAGUUUGUUAACCUUUUUACGAAGCUAUCUACCAAAGAAUCUAUCGCCAAGGAUCAUACCAGCUAGAAGCACGCAUCAGUGUACCUAUAGUACUAUUAUUACACCUAAUUUAAAGAAAUCACUCUGUACAACGGUCUACCAGGAUCUACAUAUAUGUGGAUCAAGCGGAUCAUACGGAUCCAACGUGAAGUGAACGUGGCGUUUUGCAGUAAAUAUUCUACGAAAUGGGUAGACCUAUUUCAAUGCACAGUAUUAGAUAUUAUGCUACUAACGAUUGCCUUAGAACAAACAAUGUGUCUGCAUAAAAGUAAGUGUAAUGCGCUGUGUUUUUCGUUUUUCUAUUCCAUGGAAAACAAGUGAUUUACUAACGUUAAAGGUUUUGAUUGAUUGACAUACGUUUACUUACAUAUGUUAGGCAGAUUUGCUUUUCUCCCACAAAAGUACUGAAAGCAUGAUUGGAUAGACGGCCAUGUCUAGAGUACCAGUUAUAGUAAGAUUAAAACUGUUGCCUAAUGAAGCUAUUACCAUGGUAUAUACAAGAUUUUUACAACACACAAACUACUUAGCACAAAUUACUUAUUAAUAUUUUACUUCCAUUUUUAUUUGGUUGUUAGAAAACCGAUUUUACACAGAACCCACUGUCUAUACUGUAUUUCAACCACCGAAUUGUGUGAGCUUAUAUGUACUUUAUGGUUAUGUUAAAAUGGCUAUACAUAUAGCUAUAUGUUUGACAAAAAAAAAACAAAACUUUAAAACGGGUAACUUACGCCAAUAGUCAAUCUUACAUUUUCCCCCAUCAUCGCUGAGCUGUGUAUAAGCAUAGAAACACGCACCAUAAUAUAGAAUGGCUUUCGAUAGUUGCAUUUCUGUUUUUGCUAUUUUUUUGCAAUUAAAUUUAGAGUACUACAAAAAAACAUUUAUACUAUACACACUGAAAGACAGGUACACGUGUAGCAAAAUCAUGCCGUAAUCGGCAGUAUGUAUAUUAAGCAAAGAACUAUAGUAGAAAUGAAUGCACAGUCAAUGAAGAGUACAUAUUCAUAUUACCGAACUUAUCGAUAAGAUAAAAUCACCAACCGUCGUUCAUAAGAUAUUUAUUCGUAUCCAGUAUUUCCAGUACAUCCAGAUACUCGGAUUGUAGGACGCACAGUGCAUGAUAUCCUAUCUACUUCGAGCCGUAUCGUAAUAACAGGAGAACGUUCUACCCCCUGAGAACCAUCAGCUAGUACAAUAUAAUGUUUGAAACCGAGUCCCCUCUAAAAAAAGCUCUGAUACGACGCAUAAAGUACACUAGAUCAAUUAGUAGCAGUGAAUAUAAAGUAUUUCUUUUCUAAACUAUUUGUUCUAUCAGAUUUUUUUUUAUCAAGAAAACUCAAUGAUUGCAAUGUGUAUGAGAACAAUACAUGCUUUAGAACUUAUAAACUAAAGGAUAACAAUAUUGGUCAAGCAUAAAAUAAUAUUAAUCACACAAAACCACCAUAAGAACAAUAAAGUAUACACACAUAUGACGAAUUUAACUAAAUCAUUUUGCAGUACUAUUUCUCUCUGAUUUCUUUUCUGAUCUUGUAACGUAUUUUUUUUACAUUAUAUUCUUUACUGAUUUCAGUUGGAAUUUAGUCAUCAACGACUAUUUCAAAAUAAAGUACAGUAGAGGUACUGUGACAUCCCAUCAAAAUAUAUUAUGAAAAAUACAAAAUAAUAAUUGUAACUAUUUUCCAAAAAGAAGCAAACAUAUCUCCGAACGAAUUGCUUUCAUUUUUACUUAAAA